UAACAAAGUAGAUGACACGUUAGCUCAAUUGGCUGAAGGCCCAAGUUGUAGUGUCAUUUCCUAUAAAGGUUACAUGAUUAAUGGAAUUCGGUUUCAUAAAAAGAGGUGCUAAAAAAACUACUCAAAACAGUGGUGUAUACUUGGAAUCACAUGGAAAUGGGCAGUUGAAUGAUACAUAAGAGUAUUUUGGAGUUAUCAAGGAUAUAAUAAUGCUUGAUUAUCGUACUUUUAAGGUGCCUUUUUUUUUGGUGCGAUUGGGCAAAUAUUCGAAAUGGUGUUAAGAAGUUGGAUUUCUAUACACUUGUAAAUUUUAAUAUAGGGAAAAAUCAGUCUAUUAGGGAUCCAUAUGUAUUAGCAUCUCAAGUUAAAAAGACAUUUUAUGAAAGAGAGAAUGAGUCAUCUAAUUGGUAUAUAACUUUAAAGGAUUCAAAUAGAGGGUGUUUGGGGCUAGAAUGAAACAAUAUGUAUGAUUUCAUUCAAAUUUAUGCUACUCUUAUGACUCUUUAAAUGUAAUUCUUUUUCAUACUUUCAAUGAAACAAAGCUGAUUUUAUUUACUCUUUGGUUGAUAUUGUGUUUCUAAUUUUAUAUAUUAAUUAUUUAUCUUAUUUAGGAAGAUAAGGAUAUGAUGCAUUUAUGAUUUCAGUUUUUAUGUUAUUUUGUUUUUUAUUGCAGUAAUUUCAAUAAAAAAUGAGUACAUUACGAAAAUCUCCGAGAAAGUAAAAAAAAAACACCUACACCCAGGUGCAUUAUGCAAUAUUAUUGCCCAAAAAAGAAAAAAAAACAUUAAAAAGUCAAGCUGACUGGGAUGAUAUGUUGGACGAAAGCCCUAUUCUAAAGAAAAAGAGUGCCCUACGUACGUUUUCAACACAUGCUAGAGUUGUAAUAGACUCACCACCUGCUCUUAGUACAAGAGCAGCUACUCGUCGUAUGGUUUACAAUGGGAAGCCAUCUCCAAAUGAUAAUAUGGCAAACAUGGAGAUGUCACUUGGAAGUUCAAGGAUCAGAAGAUCCCUUAAUGAUGAAGUAGAAAGGUUAUUAGAAGCAGGAAGAAUUUCUAAAGAGGUUGAAAAUGAGGAACUACAAGAAGUGGCUGAGGCUGAACAUGAAAAAAUGGCCGAGGUAGAAUUUGAAGAAGUUGUUGAGGUGGAACUUGAAGAACCAGAAAUAAUGGCUGAAAAAAAUGAAAAUAUAAGUAUUUCCCUAGCUAUAAGGCAACAAAUGCAGCAAGCUCUUAGAAAAUCUGAUCGAUUACAAAAAACAAGUGAAACAAUUCAAAAUGAGUUCCAAGAAGCACCUUAAGAUAGAAAUGCAAAUGAAAUGAAUGCACUCAAAAAGACUAGGGGCAGGACUACAUUGGCAAAUCUUACUAAGAGAAACAAUGACUCGAUGAAAAUAAAUUGGAAUGAAAAAGGCCAACCAGUUGGUACUAACUCAAUACAAUUUUCUUCUUUUGUGGGUGCUCUUGUGAGGGAGAUAGUUCCUUAUACUAUUUCAGAUUGGAGGAAAAUUUCUCCAAUCAUGAGAGACGUUCUUUGGGCAUCUAUUCAGGCAAAAUAUGAUUUACAUGAAGAUUGGCAAAAGAAGAUGUGCUUUGAAAUGAUGCCAGACCUAUGGAGAUCUACAAAAUCUAGACUAGUCAAGGAUAUUAUUGAUGCUAAAACCAAGAAUGAAUGACUAGCAUUAAAGCCAGAUUGCAUAAAAGGUGAUGUUGAAUGGAGGGCGUUUGUUAAACAAAAAACUAGUAAAGAACAUAUGGCUAUAAGGGCCAAAUUUCAAGAGAGGAGAAAGAAAAGUGUUCCACACACCUUAAGUCGAAGAGGAUAGCUCGAACAAUCAAUGAUAUGACAAAACAAACUGAAUGGGGCAAAGUAACUAGGAUCGAUGCUUUUCGAAGAGCCCAUACCAAGAAGAAUGGUGAACCAAUCAACCAAACAAUAUCUGAAGUUUUUGGCGGUAAAGCAACAACAAGUGAGGGGCAGUCCCACAAUAUUCCACAAUCCAACAAUAUUCCUUCUCCUAAGAGUGUUGGAAUUAAAAAUGGCCAUAACUUUACAAAAGCAAGGAAUUCUUGCUACUUGCUCGAUUGGUCAGAUGCAAUUAUUGCUGAAGGCCAUUGGGAUUCUAGUGAUCCAGACUUAGAGGUGCACAGAAUUCCUCUUGGACCAGAUUUUAUGCGUGUAUGGGUUGAUGUUGCUGUUGUGCCUAGUGCUUAUUUAUUUUGUCCUAACUAUGCGAUGCUUACUAUACGAGAAGCUGUUGGUUCAACAGUUGCAUGGCCUUCUCAAAAGGUUAUUCCAUGAGGUAUUUAUUUGGUUAUUUGAUUAUAUAAAUGCUUGUUCAACAUUAACCGAUAUGCAAUCCAAGAUUAUGAUAGUAUUAUUUGAUUGAUUUGAUAGGGAAGAUGAGAAAGACAAAAUGAUAACGGGGCCAAUUUGAAUUAAUAUUAUGCACCAUUUAAUUAAAGUUCUAAGGUUACUUGAGUAUAGAUAGUUGUAGUAAUGUGUGUAAUAUAAUAACUUGUUUAUUAUUCAAACUCAAUUAUUGUAAAUUUGGUUGUGUGUCAUGAUAUUAUUGACUAUUUUAGAUGAAUGAUAUGAUAUUUCAUGACCUCAUUAGUUUUUCUUUUAUGUUUUAUUUACCAGAUUCAACAAGUGAAGUGCAAAAGAAAAUUUGAUUUGGAAGGCUUUGGUGUGCUGACAUUUGGAAGAUCAUGAAUUCCUACAUUUACUUUUGAAUAUGCAACUGUUUAAGGCUAUUUUGUUGACUAUUGUGAUAAUAUUUUGUUUAUGUUAAUUAGGCAGUGUUGAAUAUCUUAAGACUUUUAGAUUGUUUUUAAGAUAAUCUUGAAUGUAUUU